GAGCCCGAGGGUCGGUGGCAUUCCUUGCGAGCCAGGAGCGCAUCACUAGGGUACCGCUCCGCUCGCCUUGACCUACGCUAGUGUGAGUUCCCUGGUUCAGAUCUACAGUGAGGACAACCGCGCUCACAGACACGCAGGUUCUGCGUUUUGUCCCAGCUCUUAACGCCAAGAAACCUCUCUUUCUGCCACGAUGCCUUCGAAUCAGAAUACUCAAGGAGGAAAAACCUUUGGAGUACUGAAAGCCCAACAAAGGGACAGACUGGAGGAAAUAAAUAAGGAGUAUAUGGAAGAUCAGAAGUACCGAGAUGAAGAGGAUCUUGCUGAGAAACUGGACUCCUUUAAAAAUAAAUAUGCAGAGUUUGACCUUAACGACCAAGGAGACAUUGACAUGAUGGGUCUGAAGCGCAUGAUGGAGAAGUUGGGCGUGCCGAAGACGCACCUGGAGAUGAAGAAGAUGAUCUCCGAGGUAACGGGAGGCAGCAGCGAGACCAUCAACUACCGCGACUUCGUCAAAAUGAUGCUGGGCAAGAGAUCAGCCGUGCUCAAACUGGUGAUGAUAUUUGAGGACAAGGCCAAUGGUGCUAGCGGUAAACCAAAUGGACCGCCCCCCAAACGAGACAUCUCCAGCUUACCGUAGACCAGAGGAGAAUCGGUUACCUGAUCUGGAUCCACCCCCCUUGCACCCAAACCCCGCCUCUCCUAAAUGGGGCGGGGCUACAUGUACAUAGCCUUACCCAGCAUCCUUUGCUCCAGAGGAAGCUCAGUGGCUCGGUAGAGAGGGAUAAUGUAAAAUCACAAACACAAAAAGAAAGAAAAAAAUCUAUCUAUAUAUUUGCUGUGAAGACAUAAAGCCGCAAAGUAGCUUUUUUUUAUGAAGAAAAAACUGCGUGUAUAUAUUUAUAUAAAAAGGUGACGGAAAUUCUGGUGUUUCUAAUUAGCGUUUGAGUAAUUGAGUUGUUUUUAAGAAGAUGAUCCAGUAUUGAAUCUGUGAUUGGCGAGGCUGCUACCUUCAACAGUAAUGCUCUUAGUAAUGUAACACAAAAUGUGUUUAAGUGUAGUUUCCAAGUAUGGGCAGAGUAACAUUUACCCGAUUCAUAAGAUAAAUGUAAAGAUUGUGAGGUUUACAAUUGUAAGUUAUGGGAGGGUGUUUUCUUAAAUUCUUAUAAUUUGUAUCAUUGUUGUUAUUCACACGUGGUUGGUUCAGUUUGCCAUGCAGAAGAGGCUUGUUAUAUGGAAGAAGACCUCUGAAGAGCACAGUAACUGUAGAAGCUAAAGUUGUCAUCCCAUCAUGUGAGCUCUGCUUUGUGUGAUGUCAUAAAGGUUUAUCGGGGCAGAUGUUAACUACAAUUCUAAUUCCAUUAUGUCGGUGCAACGGUUGUCACCAUGGCAAUUGGCGCAAAGUGGUUAAUAUCGGUUUCUUUCCAAACUCUGGAUUUUUUUUUUUAAUUGUCAAGUAGACUAGUCUUUGAAGAGAAGUGUGGUGAAAGUCCUUUUCCUAUUGUCUUGUGUACCCAUAAUAGUACUGUGAGGGUUUUUGCUGGUAUAGGUUGUCAGGGUAACAUGAGAUGUGACGGUGACUAUAGGGAUAUUCAAGUGUUUUUUUUUUUUUUUUUGUCAAGGCAGAAAUGCAUCAUGGGUAUGUGAGCCAGACAAUCGUCUUAUGUCCUCCUGUGAUGUGAAUCUUCCUCUGGCCCAGCAGGAGGGCCACUCUGUGUCCUGCUGGGCCUCUGCUCUUGGAAUAGAGAGAGUGAGAGUGACGGCGGGAGGGAGGGUAAGGGCCAAACAGAGCUGCUUAUUUCUGCUGGCAUGCUUUAGGAGAGGGGAAAAGGGAAGUAGAAAAACACACUUGAGGCUUGCUAAAGGCCACAUUCCUCUCAGCUUAGUUUGGCUUUCCUCUCUCCUUCCUCUCCUCCCUCUCUUUCACCCUCUCAUCUCCAGCUACCGUUUUCUGUCUUCCUCAGCAUGUGAAGUACCCUGUUUGAUCCCUGAGUUGGUGUGUUUAUGUGUCCACAUGAUAAGAGCACAGGUAGUCGAGCACCAAUACUGAAGCACAUUUUGUAGUCAUUUUAGUCAUUUACAGUAAGAACACGAGAACUUUUCUAUUUGCAUGUUGGUAACGGGGACCCCUACAGUAAGCGUGCUAAUUCCUCACGGUUUCAGUCCGACCAGAUUACCCAGAGAGGUGAUUUCAGAGUCGUGACCGAGAUUAGCGUUACUUUUUACGUUUUACGUUUAACAGAUGCAUUUAUCCUGAGCAACUUGCAGGAAGCUAGCAGGUGACUCAGGGACCAAUGGAACGCAGAUGUGGCCGAGAUCUUACCCUCGUCUCGCACGCGUCCACUGCUCUCUGGCCAGGCCCAUAUUUAACAUACCUUAGCCCCCUGACCCCCAGGCCCUCGUUUCCCAUAUAGAACCUUAAUGUAGAACAGAUCUGGCCCUGAUCUGGUGCAGAACCAGGGCAGCCGUUCUCAGGGUUCUAAGUCCAAGAUCCCCCAGUUAUGCCACAAGAGGACGACUCUGGUGUUCUGUACACAGGAAGGUUAGACUGCAUCAGAAUCUUAUUUGGUUGUGGAGGUGCAUGAAAAAAAACGCUUCUUCCAGUCAUCCUUUUAGAACCCUUAAGGAUUCUUUUUUAGAAUAUGCAUAGGUUCUCUUUUAGAUAAGCGGUUCAAGAUUCCAUAACUUGUCUUUUGGAUCCCUUUAGGAGUCCCUUUAGGAGUUUAGAAGUGGGAGUUGGGACAGAAAGCUCUUGUCAUUCACUCCUUCAUGUGGAGCCCCACUGAAUGCUAACUAAGCCCCUUUAAGACACCUUCAGGUGCAGUCUGCUGCUGCUUAGCCUGGCUAGCCUGGGCCUCUGUGUCUGAACUCACACUCCUUCCAAGUGCCUAUCUGUGAGAGUAGUAAUGGAGGAGACUGGGGGGUCAGGAGCUCUCCAGGGGAAGAGGGAGGGGUCAGUCCUGACCCUCUAUGAUUCGCCAUUCAGCAUUCAGCAUGUAGAUUACGGUCCCUCCUGGUGUGGUCUGGCCGCUAUAGGUGUGUUUGUGUGUGUGUGUGUGUGUGUGUGUGUGUUCUCUUCAGGUUUGUAACACACUCGGUCUGCAUGUUUGUGUGAACAUGUGUAUCUUUACUGACUGUGGUUGCUUAAGUGUAAGUUUCAUGACUUACCUUUGGCUGAUCGUCUUGGUGGUGGUUUUGUUUUAUAUACACAGUGAAGUUUAUAAGUUCAACUGCAGACAGAUGAGCAUUUCUCAACAUCACUCCCUGCCAUCCUGAUCCGUUUCAUUCACACACCGUUUCAUUCUCACCUUGUUCUGGUGCUCUGUUGAGACGUCACCAAAGAACCAUUCAGGGUUCUGUACUGCACCGCCCUUACCAGUAGAACACCAUCAGGUUGUGAGACGUUCAUGCCGAGGUAUCAGCUGACUGAGGAACCGAUCCGGCUCCGUUCUCGGCGUCCUCGUGUAGUUCUCCCGUCUCACGGGUUUCUGCCUCGUCUCACUUUUACUCCUGUUUCACUCCGUUCAUUUCCUGGUCCGGAUAAUGGCGUGCCGUAGAACAGGUCUGGACCAGAUCUGGCACACAUCCGGCGUAGAGCCGCACCAGGUCUGGUCCAGGGUCGGCGCCUUUCCUAACGACCACAGUGGGGCCCAGUCAUGAGCCCAGCCGAGCUCCUGGAUGUGUGUUCUCACAUACGCGUGAAGUCCAUCCCCGCAGCAGGGUGAUCUAGAGGCCCUGGAGACCGACCCUUGUUCUCCCACCUUCUGCUCCGGUCAGAUCCUCCAGGAGCUCGGCUCUGCAUCCUCUAACUCAUGAGGCCCACGGGGGGGAAAUACACACCUGUCAGGCAGGGUUUGUGUGUGUAACAGUCGCUCUGCUCUGUGCCUCUGUGUGUGUGUGUGUGUGUGUGUGUGUUUGUCUGUGUGUGUAUGAAAUUGCAUUUGACUUUCUCACUCGUGUUGAAGCAUUAAAGCAUAAGGUUAGCUAUACUGCUACAGCUAAAGCACAUGAGUAAUUUAUUAGUGCUGCAUUUAUUAACCUCUGGCAUUUUCAUUUGUGACUAGUGAUGCCAUUUUUAAUAUUGUCAUGACCUGUAUUGUUAUUUCUAGAUGGAUGUUGAUCACCUGUGUAAUAGAUUAAAAUACAGUUUUUGUUUUGUUUGUGUUUUUUUUGCAAGCACCAAAGGAAGUAAAAAUGUUUUACUGUUACACCGAU